UCCCGUCGCGGCGUUGCCCUAGCGACCAGGCUGCUGGGACGCAACCACGGGGCCUCCGGGCCACAUGCGUCUGAGUCCGGGGCUCUUCUCCAGCCCCGCUCCUCUCCAGCACCAUGUCCGUGCGGACGCUGCCGCUGCUCUUCCUGAACUUGGGCGGGGAGAUGCUCUACAUCCUGGACCAGCGGCUGCGGGCCGAGAACAUCCCAGGAGACAAGGCCCGCAAAGAUGAAUGGACAGAGAUGGACAGAAAACGAGUUAUGAACGACAUCAUCUCGACCAUGUUCAACAGAAAGUUUAUGGAGGGAUUAUUCAAACCUCAAGAGCUCUAUUCCAAGAAGGCCCUGAGAACUGUCUAUGACCGGCUGGCUCAUGCCUCCAUUAUGAGACUGAACCAAGCCAGCAUGGAUAAGCUCUAUGACCUGAUGACCAUGGCUUUCAAAUAUCAAGUAUUGCUGUGUCCCCGUCCCAAGGAUGUGCUGCUGGUCACUUUCAACCAUUUAGAUGCCAUCAAGGGAUUCAUCCGAGACUCCCCAAACAUCCUGCACCAAGUGGAUGAGACUUUCCGGCUGCUGAUAGAAGUGUAUGGGGGUCUUUCUGCUGGGGAGUUCCAGCAGAUCCGGCAGACGCUUCUCAUCUUCUUCCAAGACCUGCAUAUCCGAGUGUCCAUAUUUCUAAAGGACAAAGUUCAGAAUUCUAAUGGUCGCUUUGUGUUGCCAGUUUGCGGGCCUGUCCCCUGGGGAACUGAAGUUCCCGGACUCAUCAGAAUGUUCAACAACAAAGGUGAAGAAGUGAAGAAGAUAGAAUUCAAGCAUGGUGGACACUAUGUCACUGCACCCAAAGAAGGUUCUUUUGAGCUUUAUGGAGACCGAGUCCUGAAACUGGGAACUAACAUGUACAGCGUGAAUCGGCCUGUGGAAACUCAUAUGUCUGGAACAUCAAAGAACUUAGCCUCACAGAUACAGGAAAGCAUUGCUCCAAACCCUCUUGCUAAAGAAGAGCUGAACUUCUUGGCUAGGCUGAUGGGAGGAAUGGAGAUUAAGAAACCCAGCGGCCCCGAGCCAGGAUUCUGGUUGAAUCUCUUUACCACUGAUGAAGAAGAGGAACAAGCAGCACUAACCAGGCCAGAAGAGUUGUCCUGUGAAGUUAUCAACAUACAGGCUAUCCAGGACCAGCAACGGAAUGAAGAGCUGGCUCGGAUCAUGGGGGAGUUUGAGAUCACAGAACAGCCAAGGCUGAGCUCCAGCAAGGGAGAUGAUUUACUCGCCAUGAUGGAUGAGUUGUAGCCGUGCUGACCGGCAUCCCCUCCCCACAAAGGGAGAGGCUACUGGAUGACAAGCCCUGGGGAAUGCCCCGGUGCCCAGAAUGAUGCUGCUAGUUCUCUACCCAGUGAAGCCGUUACCUCUGGUUCUUGUUUAUAUUGUAAAGGACUGUGCCAGACUCCCUCAGGAAGCGCCCUCUUUUGAUGUCACACACAGACACACAUUCUCAGUGAAAUAUAUUCUGGCCUUUAAACUGGACCUUUCCCAUUUUAUUCCUAAUUCUAUGGCAACCAUCCACAUCAUCCUGGGCCAUAGGUUUGAACCCCAGAGUCAGUAGAGGGUCACUCCUGCUGUCAUAUUCAAAUUUACUAUUUCAGUUUUUCUAUGGGGAUCUACCUCUCACAGAUGCCUGAAAUCAUAACAAAAUCUUCAUAGUUUCCUGGGAUAUAUUCUGCCUUGUAGGUUAUUUGAAAUCAAUCAUUGUUUAAGGCAGUUGCCUCAGUUGGGAGCCCAUUGAGACAGCCUCCUCUCCCUUGCAUACUAGGUAUUAUGACCUUAAAGGCAGAAUAAGGAAGGCCACAAUAGGAAACACUCAGCUGGGCCCAGCAGAGUAUGUAGACAUCUGUACCUCUCUGCACAUCAGUCUGUCCACAUGUGGUUGUGGGUUUAUCCCAUAUGGAGAUGUGUACCAACAGGAUAAUUUGCUUUUCAGCAUGAUGUGUACCGCUUACCCCCAGGAUCGUCCUCUGCCAUUUAGUGUGCUUGCCAGCUAAGACACCCAGUAUCAUGUGCUAUGAUGUCUGUCCCCCGCCUUACCAUCAGUCAUAGCACAUGAUACCAAGCAGGGCCUCAGGUUGGAUGCACGGGAGGCACAUGUGGUGUGCCCCUUUCCCUUCCAUGUACCAGCCAAGCCACUUCCCCUGGCAAGAUGUGGCAGGAUGCCAAGUUUAAUUGGGAUCCAUGUAAAAUGUCUCUGGCCAGGGCUGCCUUCCUGUUGAUUCAGGAAGGAGCAGCAGCCGUCUACCACAUGUGCCCUCCUGGGACUGAGUAGCCAGCGGGUUCGGGGCCAGCUAACAUCCAGAGGUCCAGGUCCAUUCAGUCCUAUGGAAGGAACAGCCAGAACAGGAGAAGUGGGAGAGAAACUUAGCUGAGCUGGUCACAGCCUGAGAUGGGGCCGACUGCAAGAACUCCUGUGGCGCCCUGGGGAGGCUCAAGGCAAAUACCGUUCUGGAAUGGGAGGGCCAGCCUAUGGGCACAGGGUUUGGAGACAGAAUGAUAAAUCACCAAAUAGGUUUAAGUUGCCUCCUACCCAGUAAAGUUACACUUCCUUACUUAUAAAGACAACCCCCCCCCAGCCCUCACAAAAAGUCUGACAAGGAGAAGAGGCAUAUUGUGCUGCUAAAUGCUUAUUGCAGCAGAUGUACAAAGAGCCUUUAGUCUUAGCCUCUUUUAAGCAAUUUGGCCACCAUUCUGGGGUGCCUGACUGGGUAACAGGUGAAUGGGAAGGUCUGUCACAAAUCUGAACUUCACUGUCUGCUCUGAGCACGUCCUGGGCCUUGGAGGUGGGCCACGAGCUCCCGGGAAGCAGCAGCAGCCUCGUCCCUCCACCUACCCCAGAUCAUCUGUCCUAUCAUAAAUAAACGAGAUACUGAUCUCUA